UUUUUCAUUAAUCUCCGUUUUUAGGAACAAUGUACUCGAAUCACUGGGGAGGUGCGUUAGAAAUCGCGACGACGACCGGCGGCGAAUCGACGACGGACGACGAUAAUCGGAGCCGGAAUUUUGAUUUGGAUAGAGCAUCGGUGAAUCAGCUGCAACGGUACGAUAAUUACGAUCGGAGUACUCAGAGUAGUCGGAAUUUGGAUGAAACGCAACAGAGUUGGUUGUUAGGUCCGCCGGAGAAGAAGAAGAAGAAAUACGUCGAUUUAGGAUGUAUAAUUUGUAGCAGAAAAGCGUUGAAGUAUACGUUCAUCGGAAUUAUCGUUGCGUUUGCCGUGAUUGCACUUCCGACGAUCGUCGUGAAAGUUUGGCCGAAGCAUAAAUCUCAACCUUCGCUGCCUGAUAAUUACACUUUUGCCCUUCGUAAGGCUCUCAUGUUCUUCGACGCCCAGAAAUCUGGGAAAUUGCCAAAGAGCAAUGGAAUACCAUGGAGAGGAGACUCAGGUUUACAAGAUGGAUCAAAACUUGCAGAUGUUAAAGGGGGAUUGGUUGGAGGAUACUAUGAUGCUGGAGACAACAUAAAAUUCCAUUAUCCAAUGUCAUUUGCAAUGACCAUGUUGAGUUGGAGUGUGAUUGAAUAUGAACACAAGUACAGAGCCCUUGGUGAAUAUGAACACAUCACAGACAUUAUCAAAUGGGGCACUGAUUACUUGCUUCGUACUUUCAACUCAUCUGCAACUAAAAUUGACAAAGUUUACUCCCAGGUUGGUGGGGCUUUGAAUAAUUCAAGAAAACCAGAUGAUCACUACUGCUGGCAAAGGCCAGAAGACAUGAACUAUGAACGCCCUGUUCAAACAGCUACUUCAGCACCUGAUCUCGCCGCUGAAAUGGCAGCAGCAUUGGCUGCUGCUUCCAUAGUAUUCCGGGAUAACAAACAAUAUUCAAGAAAGCUAGUUAAAGGAGCAGAGACUCUCUUUGACUUUGCCCGGGACUUAGGCAAACGGACUUCAUAUUGUCGUGGAAAUCCAUACAUUGAACCUUUCUACAACUCCACCAACUACUUCGACGAGCAUAUGUGGGGAUCAGCUUGGCUAUACUAUGCUACUGGUAAUAAAACAUAUAUAUCGUUGGCUACUAAUCCUGUAUUGUCUAAGAAUACCAAUGCCCGCUUCAUGACCCCGGAUUUGAGUGUGUUGAGUUGGGAUAACAAGGUGCCUGCAGCUAUGUUGCUGUUAACUAGGAUGAGGAUAUUCUUGAAUCCAGGUUACCCUUAUGAGGAAAUGUUGAGUAGCUAUCACAAUAUCACUGGCCUUACCAUGUGUUCCUAUCUACAGAGGUUCCAGGUCUUCAACUUCACUAAAGGUGGACUUAUCCAGUUGAAUCAUGGGCAUGGUCAGCCAUUGCAGUAUGUAGCAAAUGCUGCCUUUUUGGCAUCACUAUUUGUUGACUACUUGAAUGCCACUGGUGUUCCUGGAUGGUACUGUGGCCCUUUCUUUAUCACCUUGGAAAAACUUCGCAGUUUUGCCACUUUCCAGAUGAACUAUAUAUUAGGUGAAAAUCCCUUGAAGAUGAGCUACAUAGUGGGAUAUGGAGACAAAUUCCCAAACCAUGUUCAUCAUAGAGGUGCAUCAAUACCUACUGGUAAAACAAAGUACUCAUGCACUGGAGGAUGGAGAUGGAGAGACACAAAAAAUCCCAAUGUUCAUAACAUAACAGGAGCCAUGGUAGGAGGACCUGAUAAAUUUGAUAAGUUCAAAGAUGUACGCGCGAAUUUCAGCUAUACAGAACCAACACUAGCAGGAAAUGCAGGACUUGUUGCUGCACUGGUUUCUUUAACUGGUACUGGUGGCUAUGGUAUUGAUAAAAAUACAAUGUUCUCAGCUGUUCCACCUUUAUAUCCAAUGAGUCCACCCCCACCUCCGCCAUGGAAACCAUAAUGUGCAGAAAUUCUUGAAAACUUCAGCUUAAAUUUUGCCUGUUGAAAUGGCUAUCCAUGUACAAAAUUUCGAGAUAACAGAGUUGUUUUAACUCUAUUUAUAUCUUGUGACAUAUUGGCAUAAUAAAAUUCUUGCA